ACUGCCUCCAAACCUUCUCAUGAACUCAACACACAAACAGUGGCAGUUGCUCUGUUUUACUGACGCGGCGGCAGGGGAUUACGUUGACUCUUGUCAGGAAUUACCUUGCUCGGGAUUCAGCCUUCAUGGAAAUAAAGCCUCUGGAUUUGGCAUCGAGGCCAGCGCUCACCUGAAGGGCAAACUGACGAGGUGAAAGAUGAGCUCCUCUGCUACUGUUGAGACCUUGUGCCCCCUCUGGUGGAUCCUGGUCCUGGUCAUCUUUGUGCAGCAGCUCAGUGCAGGAGGGAUUGAGGGCCCGUGCCAAGGUAGAAACUGUUCUCCAUGUUCAUGUCUCCCAGCCAAAGGUGCACGAGGGGCUCCAGGAAAACGGGGCAUCCAAGGUCCCAGAGGGUCAAUGGGGCCGUGGGGGCGUGAAGGGCCACUUGGGGAGAAAGGCAGGAGGGGAGCUGUCGGAUCAUUUGGCCCCGAUGGGCCCAAAGGAGAACGUGGCGAGACUGGUCCUCCUGGUUUUCCUGGUCAUGAUGGUUCGCCAGGUCACCCUGGAGCAGGCGGUGAGCCUGGUCUGCCAGGAGCGGAUGGCUGUAAUGGGACAAGGGGUCGACCAGGAGUCGAUGGUUUUCCUGGACAGCCGGGUUUUCCAGGGCGAGAAGGAUUAAUUGCACCCAAAGGAAGUAAAGGAGAACCAUUUUAUGGAGCUUCCCUUCCAGGGCUUCCAGGGGAGCGUGGGGAAGAUGGAGGCCCCGGUCCACCUGGAAGACAAGGAAACGUUGGGCCUAAAGGCAACACUGGUGCUCCCGGCCUUCCUGGGCCCAUGGGCCCGGAGGGACCUAGAGGUGUGAGAGGCCAUCCGGGUGACCCUGGACGAUCACUGCCAGGCGAUAAAGGUGAUAAUGGUGAGCAGGGACCACCUGGUCCUCAAGGACCAGAAGAAGCCAUAGAAUUACCUCCAGACUUUCUUCCGCCGAAGGGUUAUAAGGGAGACAAAGGUCUUCCUGGACCAUGCGGAUCAAAGGGCAUGAGUGGUAGUAGAGGAGAUUCCUACAGUCCUGAAAUAAAAGGGGAACAAGGAAUCCCUGGGUUACCAGGAUUUCGGGGUUUCCCAGGACUAUCUGGUUUGCAUGGACCAACAGGACCUGAGGGUGAACCCGGAAUGAAGGGACUUCCAGGACUCAAUGGAAGAACUGGAGUAAAGGGUUAUCCAGGAGAUCCUGGUCCCCCAGGCCAUGCAUACAUUAUAAAUGGAAGUGAUUUGAGAGGUCCUAAAGGUGAUCGUGGGUACCAGGGAGGAUCUGGAGCCCCAGGGGAUCCUGGGUUUAUGGGCAUGCCUGGGCCUCCUGGCCAAAUGGGGUUAACAGGGCCAGGAAUUCCUGGCCCACGAGGCCCCCCAGGUCUGAAAGGCUAUAAGGGAGAGCCAGGACAAUACAACAACUUUGAAGUCAAUCCAUUUCCAGGACCUAAGGGGGCUAAAGGUCCUCCAGGACCUAAAGGUGUUGUAGGUCUCCCGGGUCCUCCAGGAUGUGGCGACUAUUACUGCGAGCCUGGUGACCCAGGGUAUCCAGGUGACUAUGGACCCAGAGGAUCUCCUGGAAGAAACGGGCUGAGAGGAAUUAAAGGUUGUCUGGGGGACUGUUUAUGUAGGUCUGGUAGUGGGAGUGUAGGGCCCCCUGGUCCACCUGGUUAUCCUGGCCCUCCAGGGUUACCUGGACCACAAGGCCUUAAAGGGGACCCAGGACUGAAAGGAGACAAGGGUUCACAAGGACCACAAGGGUUUCAGGGAUUAGCUGGUUUCAAGGGACAAAAGGGCCCAAAAGGUGACUCCUUUGUGGUAGGCCUUAAAGGUGCCAAAGGUGACUAUGGAGACCCUGGAUAUUCUGGUCUUCCUGGAAGAGCAGGUAGGCCAGGACAAGAUGGCUCCCCUGGGCUUGCAGGAGACCCUGGAUUACCGGGUGCUGGAUAUGCAGGAUUACCUGGUCCCAAAGGCUACCCAGGUGAUCCUGGACCCAAAGGAUAUCCAGGGCCUGCAGGUCUCCCAGGUCCUGGGUUUCCAGGUCCUAAAGGUAUACGUGGGGCCAAAGGAAAUCAGGGAGUUCCUGGGGCACCAGGGUUUCCUGGAAGACGAGGCCCCGCAGGUGAAAUAUGCUGUCUGGAAGAAUGGGCUGGCACACCUGGUCCUAAAGGUGAACGAGGUUCAACAGGGAUUCCAGGUAGGCCAGGAAAUGCUGGUUUGCCUGGAAGUACUGGACGCUCUGGACUCAAAGGCAUGAGAGGUGAUGAUGGUGGAAUUGGAGGAAUUGGACUACCAGGACCUCCAGGUUUAAAAGGGGAUCAGGGUGAUCCUGGUCCCAGUGAAAUUAGUGUGGAUGGUCCUCAAGGCAAUCCUGGGUUACCUGGUACACCGGGAAGGAAGGGUGCUCCAGGAGAUGUCCUCUCUGCUAGUCCAGGCCCCCCUGGCCCACCUGGUCCCCCUGGAGCUGUGGGUAUAAAAGGACUCCCUGGACCUCCUGGGUACCCGGGAUUACCAGGCAUGCAAGGCGUACCUGGACAACCAGGCUGUAAAGGACAGCCAGGUGACAAUGGUGACCCUGGAGACACUGGCCCCCCAGGUCCACCCUGUACUCACUUUGAAUUAAUGGGUAGCAUAGGACUUCCAGGACCUCCAGGAAACCCUGGGAUCAUAGGAAACCAAGGCUACCCUGGUCAGAAGGGUUUAAAGGGAGAUACAGGUCCACCUGGUCAUGGACAGAAGGGUCAACAAGGUCUUCCUGGUCCUCCCGGGGAUCCCGGGCCAGCUGGACCAAGAGGCACCGCUGGUCCACAAGGAGAUCCUGGGACUGAUGGCUGGGCAGGACAGAAAGGUGAAAGGGGGUACCCUGGCAGGGCUGGAGCCACAGGUUUACCAGGUCAUAAUGGGCCUCCAGGUCCAAGAGGUAGACAAGGAGAGAGCGGCUUUCCUGGUCGUCCAGGCGACCCAGGAGAUCCAGGACCACGUGGUAGUAAAGGUUUACCUGGACCCCCAGGUUUACAAGGAGUAACAUAUAUUGUGAAUGUAACAAGCGGCCCACCUGGAAUUGUGGGGAGGAGGGGUCCACCCGGUGAUUCAGGACCUCUAGUAGGCUUAAAGGGUGCAAGGGGAAUGCAAGGUGAUUCAGGGCCAGAUGGAUUUCCUGGUCCACCAGGACUUAAGGGCCAUCCCGGUUAUCCAGGCAAGACAGGACCACCUGGACCUCCUGGGUUCCCUGGACUUAAAGGUUUUGUUGGUCCAAGAGGCUAUGCUGGCCCAAAUGGAGAUCCGGGAAAUCCAGGACCCGUGGGGCAUAGGGGGAUCCCUGGGCUACCGGGAUAUCCUGGUCCCAAAGGUGAUCCAGGACAAUCUUAUGGACAACCGGGUCCACCUGGACCAAAAGGAUUACCGGGGGAGAAUGGGCCCAAUGCACUUAGAGGGAGUCCAGGAGAUCCAGGUGACCCUGGACCUUCGGGAAGACCGGGACAACCUGGGCAGCCAGGCAUUCCAGGGGAACCAGGAAUACAAGGAGGACCAGGCUUCCCUGGGCCAAGAGGUCAUUCCGGUCUUCCGGGAUUUCCAGGUCUUCCAGGUGAUCCGGGAGCUGUGGGACAACCAGGCCUAUGUGGUCCACCUGGGCCUCCAGGGCCUCAUGGACCACCAGGUUUAGACGGACUGGAUGGCCUAAGAGGUCCAAAAGGGCUGAAGGGAUCAAAUGGCAAAGAUAUCCUUGGCCCUCCGGGACCAGAUGGCUUUCCUGGAGUCAAAGGUCUCAUGGGCCCCCCAGGACAACCUGGAUCUACUUAUCCUGGUCCUAAAGGCCAAAGGGGCCCAGCUGGCAAUACAGGUCUUCCAGGGGUCCCAGGUGAAUCAGGUUACCCUGGCAGAAAUUGCCAAACAUCUCUUCCAGGAACCCACGGAGAUGUAGGGUAUGAAGGACUUCCGGGACCAACAGGUCCUCCUGGAGCCCCUGGAGCCCCAGGCAAUAACAUUCUUUUGAAAGGAGACCCAGGCCCAGUUGGCCUCACUGGCUUCCCAGGGUAUAAGGGAAACAAGGGCCUCCCAGGACCUCCUGGAGGUCCGAACUUCCAAGGACCUGCAGGACCGAAAGGUGAACAAGGUCCUGUUGGUCCAAGGGGUUUUCCGGGACCCAAAGGUCUCCAAGGUGUCCCGGGGCCCCAAGGCCGUAAGGGAGAAACUGGCAUGGUUGGAAAUACGGGUAUCAAAGGUCCCCCUGGUGAUUUCAUCCGAGAGCCACCUACAGGGGUUCCUCCGAGAGGGCUCCCGGGAGCACGAGGUGACCCAGGACCUGAGGGAUUCAGGGGGGACAUGGGUCCUCCUGGUACUCCAGGACGUAAAGGAGCAAAAGGUCCUGCAGGAUCUUUGGGCCUGCCUGGCAGACCAGGUCCUCCAGGUCUUGAUGGUCAGGUUGGAGACCCAGGUGUUGUUGGUGAGCGAGGAUUUGUAGGACCUCAAGGUAUCCCAGGUCCACCUGGUGAUCCAGGUUAUCCAGGCCAUGCAGGGGCAUCGAGGUCUGGUUUCCUUUUGGUUGUCCACAGCCAGUCAGAUCGGGUGCCACAGUGUCCUGCAGGCAGCAGCGAGGAGCUCUGGGUGGGCUACAGUCUAAUUUACCUGGAAGGACAAGAGAAGGCUCACACGCAAGAUCUGGGUCAGCCCGGCUCCUGCCUCCCUGUUUUCUCCACCAUGCCUUUCUCUUACUGCAACAACGCAGCCUGUUACUACUCCAGACGCAACGACAAAUCCUACUGGCUCUCGACCACGGCUCCCAUACCCAUGAUGCCGUUCUCUGGGCAGGAAAUUAGGUCCCACCUCAGCCGCUGUGUGGUGUGUGAGACGUUUUCUCCUGCUGUGGCUUUUCACAGCCAGAAUCAUACAAUCCCAGAGUGCCCACCUGGCUGGAGGAGUUUGUGGACAGGGUUUUCUUUCCUCCUGCACACAGGGGCGGGUGACGAGGGCGGAGGCCAGUCAUUGAGUUCUUCCGGGAGCUGCCUUAAGGACUUUCGAACUCACCCCUUCAUUGAGUGCCAAGGCGCACGGGGUUCCUGUCACUACUUUGCCAACCAGUACAGUUUUUGGCUGACAACUGUGGGUGAGAACGAGCAGUUUAUCACCAGUAAGCCCAAGACCAUCAAAGCUGCUGACCAACAACGAAGAAAAACCAGUCAGUGUAAUGUGUGCCUCAGAGAAAAAUAAAAUACUUCUUGUUGCUUUAAGUUGUAACUAGUCUGUACUAAACCAAUAUUCAGACUACCACUACCACACAAAAAAAAAAUUAAACAGGACAGUUUUUUUUUCCAUAGCAGGUUUCAAGUUCAUAUUUAUUUAUUUCUCUCAACAGAACCCAAGUGACAAUCAGAAUACAGUACUUUUUUUUUCCUCAAACGUGUUUUUUUUUUUUUCCUUUUUCUUUUUUUAUUACGCAAAACAAGA